CUAGAGUAAAAAACGGAAUCUCAUUACUGCAAAAUAGUGCGAAGGAGGGAAAAAGGGGUGUUUUCACAUUUCAAUAAUUUUGUGUGCGCCUCAAACCGUGGGAUAAUUGAGCUGUAAUUAUUGCCUUGUAAUCCAUUAUUUAUGCUAGGUGGAGCAGAGAUGCUCGUUAAAGAAAGGCUAUUACGAUCUACAGAUCUGCAUUUCUAAACAAAAUGUGGCAUUGAAUCAUAUCGUCUUUCUACUUUACUAAUUCAGUCCGGCGGCGGUGGCUGUAUUGAGCUAUGCUGUCAGUUGAACCCCGUGACGGCGGCGGGAUUGAUCCCCGGCCGAGCAACUUGCAUUUGAAGAAGGAGCUGACGCAAAUCAGAAAGGCGGCGAGGGUGCUACGAGACCCCGGAACCUCCUCGUCUUGGCGCUCGCCGCCGCUUGGUUCUGCAAGAUCUCUCACCUACAAGAAUGGUAACGCCGUUGCUUCUUCCUCUUCACACAUUUUGCAGCCACGAUUGCUUGUUGGAAGUAGCGAUAGCUUUAUUAAUAAUAAUAGUAGUAGUAAUGUUAGUGGUGGAGGCAUUUCGAAAGCGAAUGAGGAUAGGAGGAAGGUUUAUUUAUGUAACUGGAGAAAUCAGAAAUCUGAGAGUGAGAGGAGUAGGCAGAUUGAUAGUGAGAGUGGUAAGGAUGAGGGGUCCUCCUCUACUCGAGAAGGGAGUCUUGAGUCGGAUAGCUUGAAUGUUGGUGGAAAUGAUUCCAAGAGUGAUGGUUAUUUUAGUGAUAGGUACGGUUCUUUGAUGUCUAAAUGUAAAGAUUCUAACUUUACACCAUCUAUUAGGCGUACUAUUAAGAAGAAAACGAAGAGGAGUAGUUAUUCUAGUGCUAGUUCUAGACAUCAGAAGGAGGAGUUGCAAAUGAGGAUGAUUUUAAGUAGAUAUGCUGAGAAUGUAGCAGAAUGCUCCCCUGGUGCGAGAAGGAGGGAUGAUUUGGCAACUUUGGUGGAUCAGUUUGAUGAUAAUGGUGAUUAUUGCAAUUCCGAGGAUUUAGGUAGAGAUUCUGCAAUAUCACCUUUGCUUGCUAGGAUUAAGAAUAAGGGUUGGUCUUAUUCACCCUCAAAGUUGUUGAGGACGCAUAGGAAGGAGGAUGAUUCUCUUUCGUAUAGCACACCAGCAUUGUCAACAAGCUCUUAUAAUAGAUGUGCCAUUAAGAACCCAAGUACCGUUGAGUCGUGGGAUGCCGCCACUGGGUCAUUGAAUGGUGCUGAUGAUGAGGUCAACCAGUUGGAUUUGCCUGGUCGUCAGGGCUGUGGAAUACCUUGUUACUGGUCUAGAAGGUCGACACCAAAGUCUAGAUAUAGUAGUUCUUGUUCUCCUUCUCUUUCUGAUGCUCUAAGAAGAAAAGGAAGCAUCUUGUUUUGUGGAAGUCAGACCCCGUCCCAUGGAAGACAUAAUCGCUUAUCUUUGGCUUCCAGCAAGAGGAGACUCAGCUCCAAGACAGCAGGUCAAAGCCUCGUUCCUCUCCUUGACAAUGGUGCUGAUGGAAGAUUAUCCAUGAGAAGUGGGAAUAGUGAUGAUGAGCUCUCAACAAAUUUCGCUGAGCUUGAUUUAGAAGCCUUGAGCCGGUUGGAUGGUAGGAGGUGGUCUUCAAGUUGUAGAAGUCCCGAAGGGCUUGAGUUAGUAGCUUUGAAUGAGGAAGCGCAUGAAGAAGGUUCUCCUGAGAAUGUCAGAAGCCUGAGCCACAAAUAUAGGCCAAUGUUUUUUGACGAAAUAAUUGGCCAAAAUAUAGUUAUUCAGUCUCUUAUGAGUGCGGUUUCAAGAGGGAGGAUUGCUCCUGUUUAUCUAUUCCAAGGUGCUCGUGGAAUUGGAAAAACUUCAGCGGCUAGAAUCUUUGCUGCUGCUUUGAAUUGCAUUGCCACUGAAGAGAGUAAACCCUGUGGGAUCUGCAGAGAAUGUGCUGACUUCUUGUCUGGAAAGAGCAGGUAUCUUGAAGAAGUUAAUGGCUCUAAUAAGAAGGGAAUCGACCAACUGAAAAAUCUGUUAAGAAACAUAUUGGCAGUUCAUCCCUCAGGACUUCAACAUUACAAGAUUUUUGUCAUUGAUCAAUGCCAUUUACUGCCCUCAAGAACAUGGCUGGCAUUUCUUCGACUCCUUGAUAAACCAUUGCCGUGCAUUGUUUUUGUACUCAUUACAACUGAUAUUGAGAAUGUACCCCACACGAUAUUGACUCGGUGCCAGAAGCACAUUUUCAACAAGAUUAGCAAUGGUGAUAUUGUUACUCGCCUAAAGAAGCUUUCAACUAAUGAGAAUUUAGAUGCUGAUCCAAAUGCAUUGGAGUUGAUUGCUUCAAAUGCAGAUGGUUCACUACGAGAUGCAGAAACAAUGUUGGACCAGUUGAGUUUGUUUGGGAAACGAAUCACUAAGUCCCUGGUGAAUGAACUUAUGGGGGUUGUCUCUGAGGAUAAACUACUGGAGCUUCUGGAGUUGGCAAUGUCAUCAAAUGCUACAGAGACAGUUAGAAGAGCCAGGGAAAUGAUGGAUUCGGGUGUUGAUCCAUUAGUACUAAUUUCUCAAUUGGUGACACUUAUUGUGGAUAUUAUUGCUGGGACUUAUUUGAAUGCUGAUGCAAAGCACAACUUUCUAUUCUUUGAUGGGAGAACUUUGACUGAAAGAGAAUUGGACAGGCUGAAGCAUGCAUUAACGCUACUGUCUGAGGCAGAAAAGCAUCUCAGAGUAUCAACUGAACGAUCAACCUGGUUCACUGCAACCCUAUUACAAUUAGGUUCUCUGUCUUCUCCUGAUCGAACUCAGUCUACCAGUAGUCGACGACACAGUUCAAAGGCAACUGACGAGGAGCACAUGAGUAUGUAUAGAGAAGCUACAGUCCCUAAGCAGAACUCAGAUGCACAAUUUGCACCUGAGAAAUCAGGUUCUCCAUCAUCAUUUAUGGUUGCUGCUCAGAAACCAGUCAGACUAAUGGACAAACCCAAUCAAGGACAAUUCAGUAAUAGUGAUAGUCAGACUGACUCAAAUGGUGACUGUGCAACUGGUAAAAUGACAAUGACAUGCAUGGAUUCAAAUAUGUUGAAUAAUAUCUGGCUCCAGUGUAUUGAGAAGUGCCAUUCUAAGACAUUGAGGCUGCUGCUUCAUUCUUAUGGAAAGCUUGUUGGUUUGUCUGAAAUGAAAGGUGGUUUUAUUGCUCACAUUGCGUUUGAUGAUAGUAAUAUCAAGACCCGAGCAGAAGGUUUUCUUAGCAGUAUCACCAAUGUAUUUGAAUUAGUUUUACGAAGGAAUGUGGAGGUUAAAAUAAGUGUAUUGCACAGAGUCAAACCCUCCGUUGCAGACGUGAGUACUUCAGAAGAUGGCAAGUCAGAUCUUCCUUUGCGGAGAAUUGAAUCCAUCAUCCACGAGCAAAGAUUGGAAACUGCAUGGCUGCAGGCAAUGGACAGAGGAGCCGCUGGAUCGAGCCAUUCGAAACCAGAAACGAAUCAAGUGCUGCCACAGGAUGGCAUUGAUCAUCCAAAUGAGUUGAAAUCAAAGGAUUCUCUAGAUAGGCCCUUGCAGCAAUGGGAAGAUGAGUUACAUCGCGAGAUUAAAGUACUGAAAAUUAACGAUGGAAUGUCACAUCAGAAGGAUCAGAAAGUUAAGAAGAUUGGUCAUUACCCCAUAUCUCCGAGCUUGCUGCAUAAUUCUAGCUUCCCAGAUAAUAUGGGAUAUGAAUCUAGCACGGGUGCAGGUGGUUGCAGCGCCUUGUUCUGUUGGAAUAACCGCAAACCUCAAGGAAGGAGAAAGAGCACUCCUUCACGUCCACCCAAAGGUGUGAGAUUUUCUUUAUUCGGAGAGUGUGCUAAAUCAAGGAGGCCAGAAAACAACAGAUCGAGUAGAUGAUGAUCAGCCAUUGCCAUUGAUAUUGUAUUUAUAGAGGCUCAACUCAGUCUUUGAUUUUCGAAUAUGUCAAGAUCGGUAACGGAAAUGUAUGUUGUAAAGUUAAUUAUUGUGACUCAUCAUUUACUCAAUUCACCAAUGGUAUUAAUAAAAAUUACAGACGUUUUUUUUGUUGUGCAAUGAAAAA